AUGGCAGCAGGUAUGCCACAAAUGGAUCUUCCUUUAGUCUUCCAUAGAAUAAUGAAACCACUCGGCCCUCUGAACCCUGCCUUCUGUUGCAAGCGCAACAGUCCAGAGAGAGUCGAGGGAGAGAUCCUGCAACCCGGAAACGCCCUCUUCUCUCCCUCCCGCUGGCAAGAAGAGAGUGGCCACGCGAGUUUCUUGACUUGGAGAGAACUGGAGGAAGGAAGCAGAAUAACAGCAGAAGUCUGCCUGGAUCUCUCUCCUCUUGGUGUUGGAGUAAAAACAGCCCCGCUAUGUAUCCUGCUCUGGUAUGGCAAAGAUCCUUGGGGAGAUGUGCUGGGGACGGUUUGGGUCACCCCUUCUCAUUUAAACAGUCUUGAUGAGCCUCUCUUUCUUUUGGCUUCUGGAGUUGCAAAUGGGCCAGUGACUUUCAUGGAUGUGACUGUCUGCUUCACUAUGGGAGAAUGGGCCUUGCUGGAUCCAAGCCAAAGAGAUUUGUACUGGGAAGUCAUGGUGGAGAAUUAUAAGCUUGUAACCUCUCUAGAUGAUGUGUGGAAGAAUAGGAAUCAGGGAGAGCCAUCAUGGGUGUCACUGAAAAGAACCAUGGGGGAAGAGAAACUGCAUAGCUGCUCAAUUUGUGCUACAAACUUUUCUCAGAAAUCAAGCCUUAUUUCUCAUCAAAGAAUUCACACAGGGGUUAAAGCCUAUAAGUGUUUGGACUGUGGAAGGAGCUUCAGUCAAAGAGGCAGCUUAACUUCUCAUCGAGGAAUCCAUGCAAAAGAGAAACUGUAUAAAUGCCUGCAGUGUGGAAAGAGCUUCCAUUGGAGAAGCUCUCUUACUUUUCAUCACAAAAUCCACACAGAGGAGAAAACAUUUAGCUGCUCAGUGUGUAGCAAGAGAUUCCUUCAUAAAUCAUACCUCAUUAAACAUCAGAAGAUCCACACAGGAGAGAAACCAUAUAAAUGCUUUGUGUGUGGAGUCAGUUUUAGUAACAGUGCACACUGCGAUCGACACCAAGAAAUCCACAGAGGAGAGAAACCGUAUCAGUGCUUGGAUUGUGGGAAAUGCUUUGGGAGACGUGACACCCUCAAUUGCCAUCAAAGAACUCACAAAGAGGAAAAACCGUAUAAAUGCUUCGAAUGUGGAAAGAGCUUCCGUUUGAGCAAAGACCUUGGCCAACAUAAAAAACUCCAUGCAGGAGUGAAGCCACAUAGCUGCUCUGAAUGUGGAAAGAGUUUCUCUGUUAAAUCAACUCUUAUGCAACAUCAAAUGCUCCACACAGGUGAGAAACCCUAUCAGUGCUUGGAGUGCAAAAAGAACUUCAGUCGGAGGAGCACUUUAACAUCUCAUCAAGCAAUACACAAAAAAGAGAAGUUUUAUAAAUGCUUGGAAUGUGGAAAGAGAUUCAUUUGGAGAAAAUCUUUUACUUCUCAUCAAAGAAUCCACACAAAGGAGAAACCAUACAGCUGUUCAACAUGUGGCAAGAGCUUUUCUUAUAAAUCCAACCUUAUUAAACAUCAGAUGAUCCACACAGGAGAGAGACCAUAUAACUGCUUAGAGUGUGGACGCAGUUUUAAUAACAGUGCACACUGCAGUCGACACCAAGAAAUCCACAGGGGAGAGAAACCAUAUCAAUGCUUGGAUUGUGGGAAGAGGUUUGGUCGACGUGACAUCCUCAAUUGCCAUCAAAGAACCCACAAAGAAGAUAAACUGUAUAAAUGCUUCGAAUGUGGAAUGAGCUUCCGUUUAAAACAGUCUCUCACUUUUCAUCACAAAAGCCACACAAAGGAGAAAACAUUUAGCUGCUCAGUGUGUAACAAGAGUUUCUUUCGUAAAUCAUACCUUAUUAAACAUCAGAAGAUCCACACAGGAGAGAAGCCAUAUAAAUGCUUGGACUGUGGACGCAGCUUUAGUAAUAGUACACACCUCAGUCGACACCAAAAAAUUCACAGCGGAGAGAAACCAUAUCCAUGCUUGAAUUGUGGGAAGAGCUUUAGAAGACGUGAUACCCUCAAUUACCAUCAAAGAAUCCACACAAAAGAAAAUCGGUAUACAUUUGGAUAGAAAUUCAGGCAGCGUGGUAGCCUUAACUGCCAUCAACAAAUCAACAAAGGAAUCCAGGACAGUUCAACACAGAUUGGGAGAAGCUGAAACAAUAUUUAGUGAAGAAAUGGGAGGUGGGAGGAGAACUGUGGCAGUUUGAAAAUUACUGAAAUACAAUAAAAGUAGAGGGAGGUGACUUUACCGGGGGGUGGAGAGGUA